CUAUAUUUUACAAACGGUUAACAUCGCCAUGGACUCCGAGAACGAGCGUCGACUUCGCCGGAACUGGAACCUACUGAAACAGGAACUUCCGGUUGACAGCUUUGUGCACCAGCUCAUAGCAGACGGCGUGUUUGCGCCAAAUAUGCGUUCUGAGAUCCUGAAUGUGAUCCCCAAUACUGCUAGUAUGAAAGCUGAGAAGUUCCUGAACGCAAUUUUACAGACCGGAAAUCGGGCCUAUGAGGCUAUGAUCCGGUUUAUCAGCCUGCAUCCGGACAACCGCUACAGUCGGGUCAUCCAGGCGCUUAACAUUCCCGUGGUCAGUAACGACAAUCCGCCCGCACGCUCCGGUAACGCAGCAAAUAAUAGCCAGCCCCAGGCCGAUUCGAGACCUUCUACCGCAACGAGCAGCGGAACCAUCAACAGUGAGACGGGCGAGAAACACAGACGCGUCGUUCCCGUCCGGAACGUAAGACCGGAAGAGAAUCCCCGCAGCAUCAUGGGAACGGCGCCUGUUGCCACCGUUGCCCCGCUGGUCUCAGUCUCACAAAAUGCACCAGCACUGGUACCUGCUGCAUCGACCGCCGCAGUUAUACCCGCUCCCUUGGCCGCACCUGCUCCGCCGACUCGAGAUCCAAGCAGCGGCGAUUCGUCCGCCAGCGUUACCCCUCAGGCGUUGUUUGUGGAUAGUCGAAUUGGAGAGAACUUUAUUGGCUCGAGAAUCGCCACUCAGAGCGAAAUGUCGCUCGCAUCGUUUAACACGGAGUCGUCGGAUGAGUUCGGUGCGCAAAUGGGCGCCGAUGCGGGUAGUCCCAGCACGGCGGACGGCGAACCGAACGUCCGGCAACCGACAGCGGAAUGUCCCAUGGACAUGAAGGUUCUGGAACAGGAACUGGUUCGGAUUGCUCCCACCAUCGCGGAUCUGUUUAAGAAGAUAUCUAAGCAGACGAGUAGCGUCCCGACGUCGGAGGAAGAGCUACAGAAGAUAAAGGACGAAAAUGAACGACUGCGAAAGACGAACAAGUCUCUCAUUGAGAAACUGAACGCUUUCCAACAGAAAAUAAUUCAGCUGCAGCUCGAUAACAAGAAACUCAAGGAGAACAGCGAGAUGGGGCGGGCGAAGAAGGGCGAACUGCAGCAGAAGACGGUGGAGCUGCAGGCGAUGGAGCGUCGCCUUGACGACCACAAGCGCGCGCUGGAGGAGAAGGAGGCGGAACUGAACACGCAGCUGCUCAAACUAAAAGAGAUUGAAGAGGAGAAUCACGAACAGAGGGAGAAGAUUGAUAAGCUAGUGGAGUUACAAGAUGAAGGAAUCAUCGAACGAAACAUCCAGCAGGAGCAAAUCUCGACACUUGUCGAAGAAAAGGAGCGGCAGAAAGACCAGAUAGAGUCCCUCGAGGAGCAGCAGAAAGUCGGCGAGCAUCGGCUCUCGUCCCUCGAGGAGAGGCUCAAACUGCUCGAGCAUACGCCGCGCCAGAAGGGCCGCAACCGUCGCGUGAUGUCACCGCCGCGGUCGACGCACUGGAUGAACGGUUACGUGGACCAUUCCCACCACGCCAACGUGAAGUACCAGUCGGAGAUCAAGUUUGAUCCGCACAAGAACGGCGGCAAGAGGACGUCGUCGAUGGGAAAAGCCGCUUGGCCGUUUGCUUGACGACCAUGUUUCUCGUAUCUUGUCCAUGUUAUUGUACAACUGUCUCUAAAGACUAAACAUGUGUUAGUUUGUGAGAGUUUUUGUUGUAGUGAAACCUUUUCACGAGUUUGAACGAUAUGCCCGCAAUACCACAUUGCAAAACAUUAAUUUUGUAAAUGUUGGUAGUGUUUUCAGUUGUCGUUUAUUUUAGAUAUUUUAGAGGUAAAUUAUGAUAUUUUGAGUCUUGUUCUACAAAUGCUAAAAAAAUAAAAAUAAAUGAUUGGUUAGUUGGUUUUGGUGGAAUAUCAAUUUUAAUUCACGAGAGAUCAUAGAAAAUGAUAUUUUCACGAGUGGCGCAGGCACGAGUGAAAAUAUAUUUGUUCUAUGAUCACUCGUGAAUUUAAAUCGAUAUUUCACCAAAGCCAACACAUUUUCUUUUUAUUUUAUGCUUGCAAACGAUUAUUAUUUUUUAUUAUUGCCAUUCUGGAAAAUAUAAUUCCCCGUUGGGCGCCCCGCUAUAUUAUUACAUGUCUUUUUAAAGGAAGCUAAUCCGUUUGAUUUUACAAACAUUAAUUCAGAGUUAGUCACCCUUGGUAAAAUUGCCUAGCAUCAGGCUCGUUUGGUCAUUGUCGGCUCGGGUACUUCUUACAUGUACCCCGAGUACGGUAAAUAUACUUAAACGUACCCGGCCGAUAUUAGACUGUACCCGAGUUUUAUUCCCGCCCAAAAUCCGAUGUCGUGAAACGCACUACCGAUUAUAGUAAUUACGAAACAAACUUCUUUUUUUUCAAACUGCAUCAACAUGCUUUUUGAGUAUGAGUGUCGAUAAUAUAAAGGCCAUUAAAAAAAGAGAAUUGACAUAAAUAUUAACAUAAUUAAUUUAAAAAAAAUAGCCGACAACGACCUAUUUAGCUUUAAUACUCCCGGGUACGUUUUAGUAUAUUUUCCGUACCCGGGAAACAUGUAAGGAUAGUUAAGUGUACCCGGGGUACAUGUAAGUAGUACCCGAGCCGACACUGACCAAUCGAGCUUCGAUUAGGGGUCACACUGGGGAAACCAAAGAUAUCUAUAAAUGGA